AUGGAUGAGGCAGCAAGAGAUCAAAAAGUAGCUGCUGCAAAGAAAAAGUUAAAGAAGUAUCAGAAGAAGAAGAAAGGAGUUGGCUCGGUAGACUCUACCAAAUCAACGCGUAAAACUAGUUCAGAAUCUGCUGCACCCACUGGUGAUGGAAAGAAUAGUGUCGCAUCGGAUUCGGGAAGUGUUAAAGCUGACGGUACUGAUGAGAAGGAGCAAGAAACGACCAAAAUAGUAGAAGAUUCUAAUGCUAAUUUCUCUGCACCUAAAAGUAUCGAUUCUGAUGUAGUUGAAACUCAAGAUUCACAAGACUAUUCGGAUUAUAUUCCACAAUCCCCUUCAGUUACAAGCCUAGGAACACAUAGUUCAUUAAUAGAAGGACUUCAACCAAUUUCUCAACCACAUGGACAACAAUCACAACCUAACCUUUUAUCAAAUAAUAUUGAUUUAACUACCGUAGAAAGUAUACUUCCUCCUGCUGCUAAUUUGGAGGAACCUCUUACACCUGAAGCUCUUGCUAAUAUAUGUCAUAUGCAGCAACAGACCAUUGCACUGUUAGUUGAUGACAAGGCUGCUUCGGCUUCAGAUUUGGAAAAAUAUUCUGCAAUGGAAGAUCGAUAUAAGCGCAGUGAAGAAUUACUGGCAGAAGGUCAAUUAUUGGUGGAUGCAUUAAGACGGCAGAAUUCUGAAUUGGAGGAAAAGAUACGAAAUGGUGAAAAUCGUCUUAUUGAAGCCGGUGAACAAAGGGAGAAGAUAUUGGAAUCUUUACAAUCACAGCUAGAGAAGGAUAAUAAACAAUUGAUGUCGCAGCUUAAUACCAAAGAUUCUAUCAUUGAACAACUUACUCAAGAAAAAGCAAAUGCUCGUUCUGUGUCCGAUGAAGUAGAAGCAUUACGAAAAACUCUUCAGGAUAAAGAGGAUCGAUGCGAAGCUUUAGAAAUAGAAUUAUCUAAUUUGCGACAUAAAUUUACCAAUACAGAACAGCUUUUUUCCGAAAAUGUAGUAAAGCUUUCAGAAGCAGAACGAGUUUCACGUGAGACCCAAGCAAAAUGUGAGUCGAUGAAUCAAGAGAUCCAACUAUUAAAAGAUGAAAGAAAUGAAUUAACACAAAAAGUUGAAACAUUAUCGAGUUCUCUUGAAACAAAAGAAGUUGAAGCGUUAUAUUUAACCGAACAGGUUUCAUCGAAUACUUCUGUUAUCGAUGAGUUAAAGUUAGAACGUGAUAAUUUUUCAAAAGAACUUCAAACUGUUCAAUCCGAAAAUUCAAAAUUGACUAGACGUAUUAAGGAUAUUACAACAAAGAUUGACGGGUUGUCGAGUGAUAAUCAUAAUUUGAUAGCUCAAUUGACUGAAUUAAGAGAAAAAGUUAUAGAAAUUAGUAACGAUAAAUUACAACUUGCCGAAGAAGUAGAUAAAGAAAAAUCAAGAGCUGCUCGAUUAGAACGAGAAGUAAAUAUAUUUAAAGAAAAUCUUGAAUCAAUGAAAGUGAAUGCUGUAGAGGAAAAAUAUGAUGCGGAUAUAACAAAUGGUACGACACGGAAGAUUAUUUAUGAAGAAAAUCAACUAUCAUUAAAUUCGAAAGAAAUUUCAGAUUCUUCAAAUAUAGAAGAACUUAAACAACAACUUUUCAAAGAACGUCAAAAAUCUUUGAAUCUCACAUUGCAAAUAAAACGUAUGGCUGAUUCCAAUAACAAUAUUAAAGUUACACGACAAAUUGAUCAUCAAACGUCAUCACCGCCCAACAGUGCUAGUCGUAGAUAUUCAUUUUCUCAGUUCAGUGGAGAUUUUGAAAUUGGAAAAUGUUCAGGAUGUAUUGGAGAAUAA